GGAAGAACCACCUGGAGGCGGCGGGGGGGUUUGAUUUCCAUCACCCCUAGGGAGAGAGGAUCCGGGACCCGCUGAUCUUCCAGCUCCCCUCACCCAACGUCGUGGUGCUGCGGAGACCUUCCUGCCCUCCAUGAGCACAUGUGUACAGAACAUACAAGACCGAUGAGUGUUCUCUGUCCUGUGCUGCUGCUGUAGGUGGUCCAGACUUGGAGCUGCUCAACAAGGAGAAGAUGGAUCCCAAAGAUGAAAGCGCUCAUGUGUGGCCAACGUCUGCAGACCAUGAGCAGAACACUGCACAGGUGCACUUUGUUCCGGAUGCCGGAACUGUGGCUCAGAUUGUAUACACUGACGACCAAGUCCGUCCACCCCAGCAGGUGGUGUAUACAGCAGAUGGUGCCUCCUACACGUCAGUGGACGGUCCAGAGCACACACUGGUGUACAUCCACCCGGUGGAAGCUGCACAGACUCUGUUUACAGAUCCAGCCCAGGUAGCUUAUGUCCAACAGGAUGCUACAGCUCAACAGGUGCUGCCUUCCAUUGAGAGUGUGGAUGGUUCCGACCCUCUGGCAACUCUGCAGAACCCAAUUGCCAGACUAGAUGGAAAAGAGGAAGAGGAAGAAGAAGAGGAUGAGGAUGAGGAUACAGAGGAAGAGGAGGAAGAGGAUGCUGAAGACACGGAUGUGGAUGACUGGCAGCCUGACCCACCCCGGCCUUUUGACCCCCAUGAUUUGUGGUGUGAGGAGUGUAACAAUGCACAUUCUUCUGUGUGCCCAAAGCAUGGCCCCUUGCAUCCAAUCCCUAACCGGCCUGUGCUUACCCGGGCAAGAGCGAGUCUGCCUCUGGUCCUCUACAUAGAUAGGUUCCUUGGGGGAGUAUUCUCCAAAAGGCGGAUUCCCAAGCGCACCCAGUUUGGCCCAGUGGAGGGGCCACUGGUCAGGGGAUCGGAGCUGAAAGACUGCUACAUUCAUCUCAAGGUUUCUCUUGAUAAAGGAGACAGAAAAGACAGGGAUUUGCAUGAAGACCUGUGGUUUGAGUUGUCCGAUGAGACCCUUUGUAACUGGAUGAUGUUUGUACGCCCAGCCCAGAACCACCUAGAACAGAACCUGGUAGCUUAUCAAUAUGGCCACCAUGUGUAUUAUACAACAAUAAAGAACGUGGAGCCCAAGCAGGAACUGAAGGUGUGGUACGCUGCAUCCUACGCUGAGUUCGUGAAUCAGAAAAUUCAUGACAUAUCUGAAGAAGAAAGGAAAGUUCUCCGAGAGCAAGAGAAGAAUUGGCCGUGCUAUGAGUGCAAUCGGCGGUUUGUCAGCUCAGAGCAGCUGCAGCAGCAUCUCAAUUCUCAUGAUGAGAAGCUGGAUGUGUUUACCAGAACAAGAGGCAGAGGAAGGGGUCGAGGCAAGAGGAGAUUUGGUCCUGGUCGUCGGCCUGGGCGUCCUCCAAAAUUUAUCCGUUUGGAAAUCACCAGUGAAAAUGGGGAAAAGAGUGACGAUGGAACACAGGACUUGCUGCAUUUCCCCACAAAGGAGCAGUUUGAUGAGGCUGAACCGGCUGCUCUGAAUGGACUAGAUCAACCAGAACAAGCGUCAAUCCCAAUCACUCAGCUGCCACAAGAAACCCCGUCUUCUCUGGAGCAGGAACCAGAAACUCACACCUUGCACCUGCAGCCACAACAAGAGGAGAGCCUAGUGCCUACCCAGACUUCUUUGACAGCCGAUGACAUGCGCAGGGCCAAACGCAUCCGAAAUGCAGCUCUUCAGCAUCUGUUUAUCCGGAAGUCAUUCCGGCCUUUUAAAUGUCUGCAGUGUGGGAAGGCCUUCCGGGAAAAGGACAAACUGGACCAACACUUGCGCUUCCAUGGGCGGGAGGGGAACUGCCCAUUGACCUGUGAUCUCUGUAACAAGGGCUUCAUCAGCAGCGCCUCCUUGGAGAGCCACAUGAAGCUCCAUUCGGACCAGAAGACUUACUCUUGCAUUUUUUGCCCAGAAUCCUUUGACCGCCUUGAUUUGUUGAAAGAUCAUGUGGCCAUUCAUGUCAAUGAUGGCUACUUCACCUGCCCAACUUGUAAGAAACGGUUCCCAGAUUUUAUCCAGGUGAAAAAGCACGUGCGAAGCUUCCAUUCUGAAAAGAUCUACCAGUGUACGGAGUGUGACAAGGCCUUCUGCCGCCCCGACAAACUGAGACUGCACAUGCUCCGGCAUUCCGACCGCAAGGACUUCCUGUGUUCCACCUGCGGGAAGCAGUUUAAGCGAAAAGACAAACUCCGGGAGCACAUGCAAAGGAUGCAUAACCCUGAAAGGGAGGCCAAGAAAGCUGACCGCAUCAGUCGUUCCAAGACCUUCAAACCACGAAUCACAUCCACAGACUACGACAGCUUCACGUUCAAGUGCCGCCUGUGCAUGAUGGGCUUCCGGAGGCGAGGCAUGCUGGUAAAUCACUUAUCAAAGAGGCAUCCAGACAUGAAGAUAGAAGAGGUGCCUGAGUUAACCCUACCCAUCAUAAAACCCAAUCGCGAUUACUUCUGUCAGUAUUGUGAUAAGGUGUAUAAGAGUGCUAGCAAGCGCAAAGCCCACAUUCUGAAGAACCAUCCAGGAGCUGAACUCCCACCAAGCAUUCGGAAACUUCGUCCUGCUGGCCCCGGAGAGCCCGACCCUAUGCUGAGCACCCACACCCAGCUGACGGGUACCAUCGCCACCCCUCCUGUCUGCUGCCCACACUGCUCCAAACAGUAUAGCAGCAAGACCAAGAUGGUGCAGCACAUUCGAAAGAAGCACCCAGAGUAUGCCCAGCUUCCCAACACCAUCCACACGCCACUGACGACAGCUGUGAUCAGCGCCACCCCAGCUGUCUUAACGACAGAUAGUGCCACUGGAGAGACUGUGGUGACAACAGACCUGCUAACUCAGGCAAUGACAGAACUGUCCCAGACCUUAACAACAGAUUACCGAACACCUCAGGGGGAUUACCAAAGGAUUCAGUAUAUCCCUGUGUCUCAGUCAGCAUCUGGUCUGCAACAACCUCAGCACAUACAGUUGCAGGUGGUGCAGGUGGCUCCGGCCACUUCCCCACAUCAGUCUCAGCAGUCCACAGUGGACGUUGGCCAGCUGCACGAUCCUCAGACUUACACGCAGCAUGCCAUCCAGGUGCAGCAUAUCCAGGUCACAGAGCCCACCCCUGCAGCUCCGUCAGCAUCCCAGGUAGCUGGGCAGCCAUUGAGCCCCUCUGCUCAGCAGGUACAGCAGGGGCUCAGCCCCUCCCAUAUCCAAGGCAGUUCUUCCACACAAGGGCAGGCUCUACAGCAGCAGCAGAAUUCCUCUGUACAACACACAUACCUCCCCAAUGCUUGGAACUCCUUCCGUGGUUAUUCAUCUGAAAUUCAAAUGAUGACACUGCCUCCAGGUCAGUUUGUGAUCACAGACAGUGGUGUGGCAACCCCUGUUACUUCUGGGCAAGUGAAAGCAGUGACUCCGGGUCAUUAUGUGUUAUCAGAAAGCCAGCCAGAAUUGGAGGAAAAGCAAGCCUCUGCUCUCUCCGGGGCAGUCCAAGUUCAGCCCUCUGCACACAGUGACUCUCUGGACUCCACGAGCCCCAGCCAGCAGCAGACCACACAGUACAUCAUCACAACCACCACCAACGGGAACGGGAACAGCGAAGUGCACAUCACCAAACCGUAGCCUUCAUCCUGCAGCCGGAGUCCAGAGCUCACACCACAAUUCCCAUUCGGAAUUCGAAGCUCCAAACACCUCAACCUCUUUUUAAAGAUUUAUUAAUCUCUCAAGAGUUUGGAAACUGCAGUUUUGACACACAGAGACCAAGGGUGAUUUUUGCCAAGGUCAUCUUUACUCAAUUGACUCUUUAAACCCUUGGGAUUUCUGCCAUGGAAUGCAGUUCUUUCAGGGGAAAGUUAACUUCCAGAUGGAGAAACUCGCGCCUUGCUCUUGAGCUGGUUGUUUGUUUUGUUUUUGUUUUUGAACACACUGACAAGCCUUACUUUCCCUUCGUGGAAAUACUCAGUGGCUGGUAUUACGUUCAUACCAAAGGUGGAGACAGGAUGCACCAAGUCUGUGGCCACUGGACUUCUGAGAUCCAAGUUACGGCAUCAAAAGAGAAGGAACAUUUAUUACAUGGGUGUGAUUAGGUCAGGACCGCUAUAUCUCAUGCAUUUCAGUUUUCAGUAAUUUUAACAAAGGCAGCUUAUUUGGGGGAAAAAUUAAAAUAAGAUAAAGGUUUGAUGGUGGUGUUAUAAACGAAAAACUAUCAUCUAAAUUUUUCUUAUUGCUGUUCUCUCCUCUCUCUCUCUCUCUCUCUCUCUCUCUCUCUCUCUCUUUCUGUCUCUCCCUCCCCUCUCCUAUAUGGGGUCUUACUUUGUUGCCCAUGAGUCCUGAACUCAUGGGCUCAUGGGAUCCUCCUGCCUUAGCCUCCCAAGAAGCUGGGACUACAGUCAGGCACUGUCAUGGCAGUUGUUUUUAAACUAUCUUGUUUUGGAAAACCUCCUGGGCAGCAGCAGUCCUCCCCACAGAUGCUGACCCCAGGCAGAUCUGGCCUCCUGUUCCACAAGCACAGUCUCUCCGGAAAAAAAUCCUGUUCAUGAUCUGAACAGGAUUUGACCCCCUUUGUUAAAGCUCUGCCUCCAGGCUUCUGAGUAUAUAUAGCUGUGUUUAAGGAGAUACAGUUCUACAAAAAAUAUAUACAAAUACAUACACACACACACACACACACACAGAGA